AUGAAAAACGACUCGGCUCAGAAGAUGAAGGCUCCUCAAUCUCCAGCCCCAAGGAGAGAUCAACAGGUUGUAGCUUCUGCAAUGGAUGGCUCACCUAAGCCAACUAAAAGGAAGGCCAGUCCUGACACCAAGGCCCCCAGAAAGAGGACAAAGUACUCUGAUACUGAGUCCCAAAACAAAAAGGAGGAGGAUUUGAGGGUGAAGGUGUUGAAGAGGAAAGGAUUUGAAGUUAGCCAGGAAGACCUGGAGUCAGCAUCCACCUCCACAGACACGGACAGCAGCAGUAAUGUUGCUUUCAAUGAUGUUAGCAAGAAGGGCCGCAAAAGAAAGUUCAAUGCUGACGGAGAAGGGCCGAGCAAAAAGAAGAGGACUUUGACAAAACCAGAAAGCACAGAGGAUUUGUCAGCUUUAUUCCAAACCAAGUACAAGCAAGGGGAAAAGCUUGGCGCAGGAGGCUGUGGAUCUGUGUUUGCUGGCUUUCGUAAAGCAGAUAAUGUACCAGUCGCGAUCAAGCACAUCCCGAAGGACAACGUUGUCUGCAAACACACGGAUCAGAGUGGGAACCAGGUUUCAAUUGAAGUGGCGGUAAUGAAGAAGCUUGCGUCUGGAACACCUGGAUCAGUGGGGACGUCAGCAUCCGUGUCACUACUGGACUGGUACGAUCUAGACGAGGAGCUGAUACUGGUUCUGGAGAGACCAGUCCCCUCUAAAGAUCUCUUAAAUUACACCCGGGACAAAGGAGGGGCCCUACAGGAAGAGGAGGCAAAGACCAUACUGACACAGCUUGUGGAUGCAGCAAAAGAAUUGGAGGAUAAGAUGAUCUUUCACCGUGACAUCAAGGUGGAAAAUAUCCUCAUCGAGUCUGGAUCUAAUGUUCCAGGUGUUCGACUCAUCGACUUUGGACUGAGCUGUUUUGUCAAAGAAGGAUCCUUCUUUCGCAUCUUCUAUGGAACUUCUGCUCACGUGCCUCCAGAGUGGUAUGAACGUUGCACUUACAAGGCAGGCCCCACUACAGUGUGGCAGCUUGGUGUAGUCCUGUAUGACUGUCUACACAAAAGGGCAGCGUUCGAGACCAACAGGUUCCUGGGAAAAAGGCUGAGAAUCAGCAAAAGACUUUCUGAAGAUUGCCAGGAUUUCCUACGGACGUGUUUGACCAAGGCCCCAGAGGAGCGCCCAACGUUGGAGGAACUGAAGCUUCACCCUUGGUUAAGAUAA